GUUUACAAAAUUUAUUAAGAUGACUGAUGGAUACAGAUUGAUGACCACUGAUCAAAAUUUCAUUCAGACAAAUAAAAUGGAAGGACGAACGCAAAUCAGACAGUCACCUGUUGUAGUAGGUCCAUGGUAGGACGAACGCAAAUCAUAUUAAUGUUCUUGGGAAAUGAACCAAACCUUCCCCUUUACAUAUCAAACAUCGAUUUACGCACGAUACACCACAUAAGAUCAUGUCGGUGCUGACCAACUUUGGUCCACAUCAUCAGGCAGUCACCUUGACUUUGACCUGGUGAUCUGGGGUGGUCAUUGUUUGGUUGAUCUUCACCGUUGAAGGGUGCAUCCUAAGACUCUCCUCUCUGUCCUGCUGAUAAAGAAUUAUAUCAUGGUUGUCAAGGUGUAUGUCGACAUGCUCUCGCAGCCUUGCAGGGCUCUCAUCCUUUUUCUCAAGAACACCAAGAUCCCGUUUGAAGUGGUAACUAUCAGCCUCCGAAAUGGUGACCAGAAAAAAGACGAGUAUACCAAGGUGACACCUCUAAACACUGUCCCAGCCAUACAAGAUGGUGACUUUUGCUUGGGAGAAACGGUGGCGAUUAUUCGGUACUUAUCAGCAAGGUAUCCAGACCGGGUUCCUGACCACUGGUAUCCAAAAGACUUGAAGAAAAGGAGCAGAGUUGAUGAAUACAUGGCAUUUCAUCAUACCGGAACAAGAGGAGGUUGCUGUGGGGUCUUCAUUAAUGAGAUCAUAUUUCCAUUGUUUAAUGGAGGUAAACAAGUGCCUGAAGAAAAGGCGAAGAAGGACCUUGAAAACAUGGCAAAACAACUUGAUAAACUAGAGAGAGCGUUCCUAAAGAAUAACAACUGGUUGGCUGGUAAUGACAUCUCUGUUGCCGAUUUACUGGCCGUUUCCGAGAUGAUGCAGAAUACUGUCAGUGGGCGCGAUGUGACAGAAGGGCGCCCUCAACUGAAAGCCUUUGUUGACCGUGUGAAGAAUCGUUUAGGCCCAACCUUUGAUGAGGUGUUUGCAGCCAUGUAUGGAUGGCGAGAGAGCUUCAAAAAAUAGAAAUAUUGCAUACGAUAACACAACUCCGGAGGACCAAUAAUGUUCGUCGUUGAUUUUUAAUGAAAUUUUCAGCGUUAUGCUAGUGUGAUUUUUCUCUAUUUAUUCAAAUCAACAUGUCGAGGCUUACCUGAUGCUGUUGAGACCACUGCUAGAGUAUGCAGCAGCAGCUAAAUUGGGACCCUUCUACCAAGUAAAAUAUCCAAUCAUUUGAAAGGGUUCAACGACAAGCCGACCGGUAACUAUCGUAGGGAGGAGCUAGGGCUCUGUCACUAAAGCACUUAGUAAUCUUGGCUGGGAAUCUCUCCAGACAAGAAGAAGAAACCAUAGACUUUGUAUGCUAUACAAGAUGAACAACGGUCUUGUCAAUAUCAAGAUAAAUGAGUUUGUCUGACAGAACACAAGACAAACAAGGGGGAUUCCUUCCCAAGAUUCCUUCUUUGUAAACACGAUAAAGGACUGCAAUAAACUCCCCUCCUCGAUUGUUAAAUGCCCUUCCCUGAAGACAUUUAAAUUAACAUUAAAACAACUUCAAUAAAAGUCAUUCCACACACGGUGCGCUACUCUCUUCACUAACUUAGCGUGUAUGUGUCUCUUAACAAUAUUUUGCCGACUCAACUAUUCAGAUCCAGAUUCAGAAAUAAAAACAUAUCACUGAAACUUUGAAAAAAAAGAAUGAAUAAGUAUGAGAGGAUAUUCGAGCAUUUGAAAUUUAAGAUCGCUGAAAGGAGAUCCUCCGAUUGAUAAUGCAACCAAGACUGAGAACAUGCAGUAUACAUUAACACUUCGAAACUGACUAUACAUUUUUACAUUUCUAUGCAGGUUCCUUCACAACUUUUAACUUCAAAUCACUGUAUUAUUUAAUUCAGAUGAAGGAUAAUGCAAUGUCUGAUUUACAUCAUGUUGAGUCUUCUGAUAUAAUAAUAUUUUUUAAGCAUGUAUACUUGUGAAAUAUGCAGAAUAAAGUUUAAUUCAAAUGUAUCAUUUUAACUUGAAAUGUCGCUAAUUUCACCGUAUAUCGCGCUUCCUCUUUAUAAUAGGGCAUAUUUGACUUUUCUAUCUUAUCUGUUAUCACAUUUUACUGUUUAUAUUUUUCGGGGGUAUUUUCUUUCCACGAUAAAUUAACUUGUGACAUCACACAGCUAGGUAUCUCCAAUGUUAUUAGCAUUCUCGAUAUUUUCGAAUAUUUAUCUUGCUUCUGUUUCACCAGUUUUCUCCAAUUUUCAUUGAUCUUGUACUUUAAACUUGGGUAACAUCCAAGGAUUUCAUUCUAUAGACACAUGAUGUCGAUCAGAGAAAAAAAACCCAGUAGAAUCGUAAUAAAUCACGGCUGAACACAUCCACAUUUUGCUUAAGGUGAGAAAUGAUGAACACAUUCAAAGAUCACGAGCGAGAUUUAUCUAGGUUGAGAAAUGAGAACCCCUACCGCACAAUCGGUUUUUUUUUUGUUUCCUUGAAGAUAAAGCAGUCCAAAAUGAGUAAGAAUGAAGGACGGAAUACUAAGAAGGAGGUUUUGCACUAUAACAGUACAAAUAUCUAUAUUUUAAUCUAAAAAAAAAAACAAUUUGGAAUCACCUUUAUACAUGUGCCCUCCCAUGUAUUCAGAAUGCAAGCUUGAUCAGUACCACUAACACAAUCGAGGACUCGUUUGAGGAGGUCACAGAUUAUCCCCCAGUGGCGUACGUAAUGAGCCAAAAAAUUUGAGGGGGAGUAGGCGUAUCGGGCAAAAUUGAUAACAAGCUGCGAGCGAACCAAGUGU